CUGAAGGAAGAACAGCAUCUCUUUAUUCCAUACAAUUCUCAUUCUUCCAUACAACACUUUGAGCAUAAACGUCCGGACGGAAGUUGUGGACAGGAGGGUGUCCACCAGAUCUCGAAGUGUCUGACCGUUUCUCACAUUCUUAUAGCUUCAGCCUCCCUCCAAAGUCCUAAAACCUAAACAUCCACAUUCUUUCUCUUUCAGCGAGCCUCAGUUAUGACCUUGGCUUCCUGUGCAGUAUGUUCUGUUCUUUCUAAUCAGACAAAUAAGGUCAUGAUUCUCUGAAAACAGUAUUUCUUAUAAAUCAGCAGCAUCAUAAAACAGUGUAAUGAUUUCACAAUCUUUAAUCCAAGGCAUAAUGUGGCCUAUAGCCGUAUAAUGAUUCAACAAUUCUUUGAUUAGAAGUAUAAGGUGGCAUAAGAUAGUAUAAUAAUCUCACGUCACAAACAAGGAAAUGAAAACCCUAACAAAUGUUUUUAAAUUGACUUAAAGAUUUUUAGGUCAAUUUAUUUCUAUUUCAGAGGAAAAGGAGGCCCAAAAAGGUGCCCAAUAAACCAAAUCAGGAAGCUGAAAAGUCUUAAAUCACUAAAGUUGAUCUGAAAUUGAGCUUCAAAUGGUGAUAAAGAAAAUAAAUUAAUGUGAAUAUAUGUGUUGGACACUAAAAUAAAUAUAUACACACAAUCGCAAAAUUAUAAAUGUGUUUCAUAUUGAUAAUGAAAGAUUAUGCAUGUAUGUGUAGCUUACCUUGUAACCAUACAGGAUGUGGUUAGAAGUCAUUGUAGCGAGCUGCACCAUAAAAGGGUGGACGUGACACAUGUGGUGUUUUGAUGGCAUCAUGCACGCUCUGCAGAAACUUCUGUUCUUCCAUGUUUUCGCAUGUCUCGGACAAGCUGGACAUGGGAGUGACAUCAUAAAGGGUAAAAAGGCUCCAGAGAACUCAUUUCUGUACAUGGCCUCAGUGCAGAGCGACACUAAUCAUGUAUGUGGAGGAUUUCUCAUCACUGCAGACUUUGUGCUCACUGCUGCACACUGUACCACAGACAAACCCACGCAUGUUGUACUCGGCACUCACAAUCUCAAGAACUCCCAUCAAGAAAAAAUAACAAUUGAAAAGAAAUUCAAGCCCAAAUUUUAUCAAAGGGCUUGGCACGGUGAUGACAUCAUGCUCCUUAAACUUUCCAGGAAAGUUCAACUAAACAACAGAGUAAAAAUAAUUCCACUGCCAUCUGCUAAAGUACACCUAAGAGAAAAUGAAGUUUGUCAGGUGUCUGGAUGGGGAAAAGCUAGAACUGAUGGUAAAACUGUUAAUGAGCUGAGAGUGGUGGAUGUGCCUGUCGUCAACAAAACGGUCUGUAAGGAACUGUGGCAUGGUCUUCCUGCUAAUGUAAUCUGCGCAGGUGGUUAUGGCACAGACAAAGGGUUCUGUCAGGGUGAUUCAGGCGGCCCGCUGGUGUGCAAAGGAAUAGCUGUUGGUAUCGUUUCUUUCAACAACAACAACAGCUGUGACUAUCCUGAUGUACCCAACGUUUUUACAGACAUCUCAAAAUACCGCCCGUGGAUCAACUCAAUUCUAAAAAACCCAAAUAGUGAUAACGAAAACCCAUAAAGUUUUGGUUUUGCAUUAUUAAAAUGUAAACACGGUGCUGGCGAUCGCUUCAUCGGAGGAACCAAAAACAGAAAUAAAAAUAUCUCGCAGUCCAAAUUUCAUCUGUAAUAUUGUCGUGAGGAGGCAAAAAAUUUAGCCUAAAAAAUAAGAAGUAAAAUUCUAAAGAGAAUAAUUCUGUCACAUGAUCACUUCUACAGUUUGCUGUUCCCACAAGACUGAAGUAACACAACUGGUGUGAGUCGGUGAGAGCGGGAAUGACCACACUCAGUGUUACCCCAGGAGGGCAUGCAGCAACAAUCAUGUGGGUCUAAAUAAAAGUAUCAAAGGCGUUUCCCUCCCCAUGUGACCACUAUCAACAGUACAUCAUAGUAGCUGACAGGCAAACUAAAAUAUGGCUUUACAGUCAAGCCUAAAUCUGCCAAAUUGUUUCUCAAACUAAUAAAUUAUUCAUGAAAAUACCAGAAUCAGGUUAUAUACCACUGUAGUCUAUUUAUUUACACAAUAAUAUCUAAAAAAAAAUCCAAGAAAUAUUUUGUAAUCUGGCAUUUUAAUCUUUAAUCUCUUCUCCUCUCUUCUGCUCAGAAAUAAUCAGUUUACCAGCCAAGCACAGAUAAUUCAGCUUCAAUACACUUAUUUUUAUUCCAGUAAUUUUUGCUUUGCACUGAAAUAACGCGAGUUGGUUCAGUGGUGAUGGUCACAGCUCACAGUGGAGUCUCAGUGUGAGUGUGCAUGUGCUUCCUGUCCCUGCAGGUUCUCUCUGUUCUCUGUGGUCUGGUUCACUCCAACAGUCCAGACACAUGCGUGUUGCAUAACUCAUGAUUUCAUGUCACCCCAUAUAUAUCAAUAACACACACACACAAAAAACUACUCAAAACAAAUCAAAAGGCUGGAAAAGUGAGUGGUGCUAAAACAACAGCUCUAUGAAUUCUCUGUAGGCUCUUCUUCUUCGUGUGUUGCUUUCAUUUUUUCCCCUGUUUCACUCUAGAUGCCUAAGUAUAGCGACAAUAAAGGAACCUUUAUCAUU